AAGGCACGUAGUAAUUGUCACUUCAGUGGCGACUACAUUAUAAUUUAAAGUUUUCAUCUAUGGCACGCUCGUUCGUCUUAAUUUCGAUACUGCUCUUUGUACUAAAGUACGCUAAGGCCGAUAUAGACGAAACAUGGCCGUUACGAGAACAUAGAGGCGCAUGGAUUGCCACAGUCGAUAAUAUUGAUUGGCCUCUUACACGAACAUCUUCUGUCCGCGAACAGAAAAACCAGUUGAAAUACCUGAUCGGACAACUUCAUCUGGCCAGAUUGAACGCAGUGUAUUUUCAGGUAAGACCAACUGGUGAUGCGUUAUAUAAUUCUGCCAUCGAACCAUGGAGUAGAUACAUGACGGGUGAAGAGGGCACAGCUCCAUCACCACUAUGGGAUCCUUUACGAUUCGUAAUAGACAUUUGCCGUGCUUUGGGAAUUGAAGUUCAUGCGUGGAUCAACCCGUAUCGAGCAAACUUAUCGCCACACACAGAUAAUGUAGCGGAAAAUCACAUGGCGCGUUUGUUUCCCGAAUAUGCAUAUGUGUACGGUACCUACAUGUGGAUGGAUCCAGGUGCAGAAGUAGUACAAAAUAGAACAACUCAAGUUGCAUUGGACCUGGUUAGGAGAUACGAUUUGGCCGGGUUACACAUGGACGAUUACUUUUAUCCGUACCCCGUUGUUGGAUGGACAUUCCCAGAUGAUCACACCUACGAAGCUUAUUUGUCAACAGGUGGAUCGAUGGAUAGAGACGACUGGAGGAGAGACAAUGUUAAUACGCUUGUUCGUCGAUUACAUACAGAGAUUCAUCUGAUUAAGCCAUGGGUGAAAUUUUCCGUAUCCCCAUUCGGUCUGUAUCGUCCAGGUCAUCCAGAAGGCAUGCCUUCACCAAUAGCAGGUUUUGAUCAAUUUUCUCAAAUCUACUGCGACCCGAAACUGUGGCUGCAACAAGGCUGGAUUGACAUACUCCAACCACAACUGUACUGGAAAAUAGAACCACCUGCGCAAAGCUAUCCAGUUUUGUUGGACUGGUGGAUUUCUGAUAAUCAAAAUCCCAGAGUUAUUCCAGUAAUGGCAGGGAAUUAUUUGAGUCGUAUCGAUUUCGAUGGAUGGCCUCUGGAAGAAAUUCGUCAACAGGUUAUCAUCUCUCGUGAGCCAGAAAACCGGUCAAGAGGUUCCUUGGGUAACAUUAUGUUUAGCGCCAAAAUGUUCCGCGACAACAUCGAAGGAACGGUAGACUUUUUCGCUAAUUACAUUUACCCGCAUCCGGCUUUGCAACCCGAAUUCCAAUGGCUCGCUGCAAACUCUUCAAGCGUUCCGAUUUCCGCUCCAGAAAUUCAUUUCACUAGUACAGGACGAUUGUACGUCACAUGGGAUACGACAUCCGAAUCCGAGUCUAAAUUUAUUCAUCAAGCUGCAAUUUACAAAUGGAUGGCCGAUGCUUGGAGUCUUUUUACAGUUUGUCCAACGAGCGGUGAAGUAGCAAAUGAAGAAAUUGGAUUGGAAUUGGAAAGUGGUCAGUAUGUUGCUACACUAAUUGAUCGUUUUGGGCGUGAAAGCAUUCGCCAAUAUUUUAAAGUCUAAAAGAAUGGAGUUUAAGAAGAAUUAAUACACAUUGACCGAUUUUCAUA